CCUCUCUGGACUUGCGGGAGUAACGUCUCGACGCUUUUCUGCUUUCGGCAUUUUCCUCACGAAGCAUAACGCAUGUGCACGAGGCCCUCGCAUUCGCAUCGUGACUCCAACACACACAGCUGAACACCAUCGCCGCUGCUGCUAUCCUUCACCACCCGCACCCCGCCUCCACCAAUCACCAUGCAGCUCCCCGGCCCAUCCCCACCCUCCUCAUCUAUACCACCAGUACCACCGCCGCCGCCAGCAGCCGCAUACAAUCCCGAACCGAUUCUUCUUCCCGCACUGAAGGUGGGUGCCGUGACUGGAUGUACCGGCGUUGUUUUCGGCGGCAUAGCUGCCGUUCUCCGCUCCACGCCCACCAUAGGCCUCUUCGCCGCCGGAACGGGAUUGAACUGCUUCGCACUCGGGUCAACGUAUUAUGCUGUACGCUUGACGUUAUUCCGCGCCCUACAUGAUCCCCGCGUCGACGGUGCGGCGGGCGCCCACCUGACACCGAAGGAAAAAGUCUAUGUCAGCGGUGCGGCCGGGGCCGUGACUGGGCUGACGCUCGGGCUUGUGCUACGAGGUCGCUCCAACGCGCUCCCCGGGGCAUUAGUAUGGGGGCUCGUCGGUCUCGGCGGCCAGUACGGCUACAAUAUCGCGGACGCGCGCCACACGGAGGAGGCGUUUGCGCCGCCGAAGGUCAAGGUCAAAACGAUCAGUCUGCUGGACCGCACGUUUAACUCACGCUGGAAUCCGAUCAAGAAGUUGAGUGAUCAGGAGUAUGCUGCCAUGCUCGAUGGGAAGCUACUGGCCGUGGAGGCGGAGCUCGCCAUUACGAAUGAGGAGAUCGUGGCGGUUGAGGAGAAGAUACGACUGCAGCAGCAGCAGGAGCCGAGGAAGACGUAGUAAUGCUGGUUGAUUCGGACAGGCUUGGGGCAGGUGAAUGGGCUCGCUGGAUGCUGGAUGGCUAGAUCACGGGUUGCAGGCAGGUGUACAUAAUAGAGUGCCCAUGUCCGCCAUUUUAUCUACAUGAACAUUGAACAUUGGACACAUUCAUGGCCACCUGUGAGGCUGUGAUACAUGGCACGGCACACAUAGUACCCAUGACCUGCACCUGUUUGCCUGUUUGCCUGUUUGCCUGUUUGCCUGUUUGCCUGUUUGCCUGU